GUACACAGUCCUCCGUUAAAGACAAAGAGCUUGCUUCAUGGAAGGAGAAUAAGACCUUCUCUUCUCUUCUUUUCCCUUGCCUUGCCCUCCAUACAACAAACCCAGCUCCCCUCGUUAUCCUCUUCUCUCGUUCACUCAUACACACUCUCUCUCCCUCUGCCCGCUCGGUCGUUCCCCCGUUCUCCCCCUCUCCCAAAAAUAAACAGCAAUGUGCGGCAUUUUUGGCUACAUCAACUACCUCGUCGAGAGGGACAGGAAAUACAUUCUCGACACUCUCGUUAAUGGCCUGUCGCGACUCGAGUAUCGUGGUUAUGAUUCUGCGGGACUUGCUGUAGACGGCGACAAGAAGGACCAGGUCUUUGCCUACAAGGAGGUUGGCAAGGUUGCGAAAUUGAAGCAGCUCAUUGAGGAAGAGAAGCCAGAUUUGAGCAGGAUCUUUGAUUCACAUGCUGGCAUUGCACACACGAGAUGGGCAACCCAUGGCUCUCCGUCUCGCCGCAACUGCCAUCCGCACAGGUCCGACCCAUCGUGGCAGUUCUCAGUCGUCCACAACGGCAUUAUCACCAACUACAAGGAGCUCAAGACACUCCUGACAUCCAAGGGCUUCACAUUUGAGACCGACACCGACACCGAAUGUAUCGCCAAGCUCGCAAAGUACCUCUACGACCAGCACCCGACAAUUGGCUUCACAGAUUUGGCAAAGGCGGUCAUCAAGGAGUUGCAGGGGGCUUUCGGAUUACUGAUGAAGUCAGUUCACUAUCCCCAUGAGGUGAUUGCGGCCAGAAAGGGUUCCCCCUUGGUCAUUGGAGUUCGAACCCAAAAGCGAAUGAAGGUGGAUUUCGUCGACGUCGAAUAUACGGAGGAUGGGCCACUUCCUGCUGAGCAAGCAUCCCAGAACGUUGCUCUGAAGAAAUCCAAUGUUGGAAACUUUCUUUCAGCUGGCAAUCUGCUCGCACCCCCUGACAAAUCGCUCCUGCACCGAUCCCAAUCUCGAGCCUUCAUGACAGACGACGGGGCUCCAAUGCCAACCGAGUUCUUCCUUUCAUCAGACCCCUCGGCCAUUGUUGAGCACACCAAGAAAGUCAUGUACCUGGAGGAUGAUGACAUCGCACACAUCCACGAGGGCUCUCUCAAUAUCCACAGACUCACAAAGGCUGAUGGCUCAUCGAACGUCCGUACCAUUCAGACGCUUGAAUUAGAACUCCAAGAAAUCAUGAAGGGCAAGUUCGACCAUUUCAUGCAGAAGGAGAUCUUCGAACAGCCUGAGUCCGUCGUCAACACAAUGAGAGGUCGCCUUGAUGUUGAGAACAAGAUGGUCACGCUAGGCGGAUUAAGAUCAUAUAUCGCUACUAUUCGUCGCUGUAGGAGAAUUAUCUUCAUCGCUUGCGGCACAAGUUACCACUCCUGCAUGGCAGUUCGUGGCACCUUUGAGGAACUCACUGAGAUUCCAAUCUCAGUUGAGCUAGCUUCCGACUUCCUCGAUAGACAGGCCCCUGUUUUCCGUGACGAUACUUGUGUCUUCGUCUCUCAAUCUGGCGAGACUGCCGAUUCUCUUAUGGCUCUGCGCUACUGUCUGGAACGGGGUGCAUUGACUGUGGGUAUCGUUAAUGUGGUUGGAUCUUCCAUAUCCCUUCUCACGCACUGUGGUGUGCACGUGAACGCCGGCCCAGAAAUCGGUGUUGCCUCGACCAAGGCUUACACGUCACAAUUCAUUGCUAUGAUCAUGUUCGCACUGUCCUUGAGUGAAGAUCGGGCGUCAAAGCAGAAGAGGCGAGAGGAUAUUAUGGAUGGCCUUGGCCGCAUUUCCGAGCAGAUCAAGGAGAUCUUGAAACUCGAUCAGCCAAUCAAGGAACUUUGUGCUAGAGUGUUCCAGCACCAAAAAAGUCUCCUACUUCUGGGCAGAGGCAGUCAGUUUUCUACCGCGUUGGAGGGGGCUCUCAAGAUUAAGGAGAUUUCAUAUCUACAUUGCGAGGCUGUCAUGUCUGGAGAGCUCAAACAUGGCGUAUUGGCGUUGGUGGACGAGAAUCUACCUAUCAUCAUGAUUCUUACACGGGAUGAUAUCUUCGCGAAGUCCCUCAAUGCUUAUCAACAAGUCAUUGCUCGCGGAGGCAAGCCAAUUGUCAUCUGCAACCCUAACGAUGAGGAGUUCAAGGAUGGUCAGGCCGAGAAGAUUGAGAUCCCCAAGACUGUCGACUGUCUGCAGGGUCUGCUGAACGUCAUUCCACUACAGCUUAUGGCCUACUGGCUGGCUGUUGCAGAGGGCUUGAAUGUGGAUUUCCCACGUAACUUGGCGAAGUCUGUCACGGUAGAAUAGACGCCC